ACGAGCCGCUCGAAGAAUCAUUCGCGUGCAAGCCCGAGGACUCCCAGCCCUGCCCGGUGCACUGCGAACUUUCCCAGUGGGUGUCGGACACUGACGGCUGCACAGCAACGUGCGGCGGCGGAACUCUUCGCCGGGAGCGGAUGAUCACGACGGCUCCCUUGCACGGUGGUAUCCCGUGC